UAAACCCUUCUCAAGGGAGGUAAUUAAAGAUGGAUUCCAAAAAUGCGAUGAAAACUUGGGAAAUGAGCAAUAAUAUGGAAAAUAUAAGCUCUGUUGAUGAAAUAUACCGUUACGACAAGAAGCAGCAACAAGACAUCUUGACAGCAAAACCAUGGGACAAAGAUCCCCAUUACUUCAAACAUAUCAAAGUGUCGGCUCUGGCAUUACUGAAGAUGGUGAUGCAUGCAAGAUCUGGUGGUAACUUAGAAGUGAUGGGACUGCUGCUAGGAAAGGUUGAUGGAAAUACAAUGAUUGUCAUGGACUGCUUUGCCUUACCAGUAGAAGGGACAGAGACUAGAGUGAAUGCUCAAGCACAGGCGUAUGAAUAUAUGGCAGCUUAUACAGAUGCUGCAAAACAGGUGAAGAGAUUGGAGAAUGCUAUAGGUUGGUAUCACAGUCAUCCAGGGUACGGCUGUUGGUUGUCUGGUAUAGACGUGAGCACACAGAUGUUGAACCAGCAGUUCCAGGAACCGUUUGUAGCCAUUGUGAUAGAUCCAGUGAGAACAAUAUCAGCGGGUAAAGUGAAUAUCGGAGCUUUCCGUACAUACCCGAAAGGUUAUAAGGCUCCAGACGAGGCACAGUCAGAGUACCAGUCUAUUCCACUCAGUAAAAUAGAAGACUUUGGUGUUCACUGUAAAAACUACUACUCACUUGAGAUGUCAUAUUUCAAAUCAGCAUUAGACAGGAAGUUGUUAGAAUCUCUGUGGAACAAAUACUGGGUGAAUACGCUCAGUUCUUCAAGUCUUAUCACGAAUGCCGAUUACACAACUGGGCAAGUGUUUGAUCUGUCAGACAAGUUAGAGCAGUCUGAGGCCCAGUUAGGCCGUGGUGGCUUCAUGCUUGGUAUUGAUACUAGCGAGAAAAAAUCUGAAGAUAAACUUGCUAAAUCAACUAAAGAUGGAUGUAAGACAACAAUGGAGGCUAUACAUGGACUUAUGUCACAGGUUAUAAAAGACAGACUGUUCAAUCAAGUACAUUUACCCUCUGCUCCAGACACAACUAAGUGAUGAAUCAUACGUGUAGACUUUAUAUAUUACAAGUGCUUCAUUGUGAUAAAUUGUGCUGAAAUUUGUUUAUGAGGAUUAUACAGUUAGUUUUCAAGUAUUUUUGACAUCACAGUAAACUCAGUCAAGUUUUAGCAUACCUGAGGAAUGAUAUAAGAACAGGUGUAUUAAAUUUGUGAAGGAUGUGCAUUGACAAAUAUAUAAGCAGUGGCUAGGCAUCUGGUAACCACACCUAUAGACUGAGAGUCUAGAGGUCCAGUUACCAGACCCUAGACAACACAUAUAUGGGCUGUCUAAAGGUCCAGUAAUCAAUUGAUAUUUGCAGAGAGGAUACUAUAUUUAGCCAUCGAAAACAGUUGAUGAUUUCAAAACUCAAAUACACAAUUACAAUUCAAGUCUAGUAAUGCCCAACGUUUCACUAUAUUACAUAAAUUGUUUGGAAGUAUAUACAAAUUAUUUUUGUAUUAUUCUACAUGUAUUUGUGAUAAGGAACUUCAGAAUUUUCAGUUACUCCAAUUUGUUGAAUAUUCAGUCAUUGCAAUAGAAAGUUACGAUUCUCUUGAUUUUCUUUCCUGGAUUGUAGCGUAGAGUAUUUCUUCUUGUAGUGGUUAUGUCUUAGCACCCACAAAGGCAGUAUGACAUUACAUAUUGCCAUAUAUUUACACUUGGACUCUUCAUAAAGAAUAAUCUAGAGAUUUUUCCUUAAUGUUAAUGCUUGUGAACAUUAUAUACUGUAUACAUGUAUUUACAGUCUUUGUUGUUUAUCAGUAUGUGAAAAAUAAAAUAACAAGAUUA